AUGAGUCUGUGUUCUUCAUUAAGAGUACAGGGUGAUAAGUUGAAGGAAAUUAAUGUUAAUCGUCUUGUAGAACAAACCUGUCCUGAAGGCUGGCAGAAGUUUGAAUCCAGUUGGUACUUCCUCUCUACUGAGAAGAAAACCUGGGAGAAGAGCAGACAGGACUGUCUGGAGAGAGGAGCAGACCUGGUGAUCAUAAACAGUGAUAAGGAACAGACAUUUCUCUUCAACCUCAAGAAGAGAGUCUGGAUUGGUCUGACUGACUCUGUUAAUGAGGGGACCUGGAAAUGGGUGGACGGCACCCCACUGACCACAGGGUACUGGUAUGACAAACAGCCUGAUAAUGCAGGUCCUACUGGGAAGGAGGACUGUGUUGAGAUACACGAAUAUUCGAGUCCUCUACAGGCAUGGAAUUACUUGUCAUGUGACAGCAAACUCACCUGGAUUUGUGAGAAAGCGUUUCCAUAUCACCUUGACAACAAACUGUAACACAUACAGCAACCUACAGUUAUCUCUCUCUCCCUCUCAAACCAACACACAUGUUGUAUUUCUUUGAACAGCAUAUUAUUGAAAGUCGUACUUAUUUCCUGACAUUGUAACUUCCUGUGUACCAGAGUCAACACGAAGUUAGUACAUUUGACUUUGUUCACACUCUGCAUGCAGUGCAUUUCAUCAUUUCCAUUUCAAAUACAUUCUUCUUAAUUGCUACAGAUAUUUACAUUCUCCAAUUUAGACCUGGUGAUAACAUUCUCAACAGUACUAAACCACCAUUACAUACACUGUAUAGGAGUUGACUGUAUCACUAAUCAAUGAAUGUAGAAGAGAUAUUAAAGGGUUUC